CCCUCCCUGCCAGGAUCCUCUUCUCUGAGGGCAUAUCCUCUCAUCUCCGUCAUCACCAGGCAGCCCUCUGUGGUCCCUCAACUCAUCCCAGCAGCCACCAGCUCCCAUGUGCUGCCAGCCCAGCCCACCUCACGGACUGCAAGCCCAGAGACGCCUGCCAGCGAGACCCCUGCCAGCAGCGAGUCAGAGGCAGAGCAGCCCGUGCCUCGGUUAAAAAAACCACGCCGGAGUAGGACCAUCUUCACGGAGCUCCAGCUGAUGGGCUUGGAGAAGAAAUUCCAGAAGCAGAAGUAUCUGUCUACACCUGACAGGCUUGACUUAGCCCAGUCGUUGGGGCUGACUCAGCUCCAGGUGAAGACAUGGUACCAGAACCGUAGGAUGAAGUGGAAGAAAAUGGUACUGAAAGGUGGGCAGGAGGCGCCAACGAAGCCCAAAGGCCGUCCAAAGAAAAACUCCAUCCCCACCUCGGAGGAAAUUGAAGCGGAAGAGAAGAUGAACAGCCAGGCGCAGAGUCAGGAACCGGAGGGAUCUCAAGCUCCCGAGGAGCCUAAAUUGACAGAGGAGAAGCCAGAAGUCUCUUUGGAGACAGAGAAGUCUCCGGAACAUAUACCAGAGCCCUCCUCAGAGGAGACUAUGCCAUUAAGUUAAAAGGGAAAGCAGGGAGGGAAAGGG